CUUCUCCUCUCAUCAUCUCUCUCCUCCUCUCCUUCUCUCUCUCUCUUGCUCCUCUCUCGGGUACUCUCAUCGGGCUCUCUCGUCGUCUCUUCGUCUUCUCUUCUCUCUCCUCUCCGUUCCGGGCUCUUCAGGUUUCCUUCUUGGCACCAAGCGACACCACCAACAUCCCCUCCUCCCCCCUCCCCCGACACCCCGGCCAUCUCACACGACACGACACCUAUUCAAAAGUUCAUUACUAAAGCAGCAUAAACACCUUCUCAAGAAAAAAAGACAUAGCUAGCACGCUAUCUACGUAUUCAAACGCAUCUACAUUCUCAACUAUACAACAUGAGCGGCUCCCCGUUCCAAAUCCCGAACUUUGCGACCCAGGCCCCGCCUGCCGAGGCGCCCAAGAAGCCCCAUCUCUACAUUGGCAACUUGUCCCCCCGAGUCACGGACCAGAUGCUCGCAGAGAUCUUCUCGGUCGCUGGCGCCGUCGUAUCGGCCAAGAUCAUCCAGGACAGGAACUUUCAGCACGGUGGCUUCAACUACGGCUUUGUCGAGUACACCGACAUGAGGUCUGCCGAGCAGGCCCUGACGACGCUCAACGGCCGCAAGAUCUUUGACUCGGAGAUCCGCGUCAACUGGGCCUACCAGGGCCAGGUGAACCGCGAGGACACGCAGCACCACUUCCACGUCUUUGUCGGUGACCUCAGCCCAGAGGUCAAUGACGAGGUGCUCGCAAACGCCUUCGCCGCUCUCGGCUCGAUGAGCGAAGCCCGCGUCAUGUGGGACAUGAACUCGGGCAAGAGCAGGGGUUACGGCUUCCUGUCCUUCCGGGACAAGAGCGACGCCGAGCAGGCUAUCGCGACCAUGAACGGCGAAUGGUUGGGCUCACGUUCGAUUCGUGUCAACUGGGCCAACCAGAAGACACAGACCGGCGGCUCGCGUUCCAUCGGCCUGUCCAGUGGCGGCGCUGGAGGGGGAUCUGCUGCAGGCGGUAGCUUCCCUCCGGCUGGCCCGCUCACUUUUGAGCAGAUUGCCGCCCAGACACCAGAGUACAACACGACGGUGUACGUCGGCAACCUUAUCCCCUACACCACCCAGGCCGACCUCAUCCCCUUGUUCCAGAGCUACGGCUACAUUGUCGAGAUCCGCAUGCAGGCCGACCGCGGCUUUGCGUUUGUCAAGCUCGACACACACAACAACGCCGCACUGGCGAUCAGCAACCUCCAAAACCAUCUUGUCCACGGCCGCCCGAUCAAGUGUUCAUGGGGCAAGGACAGGCAGACUGAGACGCUUGGUUUCGGCGCCCAAGCCCCCCAGCAGUCUCAGCAGCCCCAGCAGCAUCAGCAGCAGCAACAACCCCAGCAGCAUCAGCAACCCCAGCACAACCAGCAGCAACAGCACUUUUCUCAAAACUACUCCUACUACCCUGGCUACAGCGGCAUUCCCGGCCAGCCCGGUGCGCAGCUUUCGACCCCGCAGCACGACUCGGGCGCGGGCGCCAGCGCGGCACAGGCGGCAUGGGACCCGGCCGCGGCCGCGUACUACCAGACUGGCUGGGGCGGUUUCUACAACCAGCAGAACCCCCUUGGUGCGCUGCAGGCGAACGGAGCCCAUGGAGUCAACGGCGCCAACGGCGGCCACCAGCUCUAACCCUUUUCCCGAGCAUUCAUCAUUCAAAGCGCCCCAUAUACAUGGCUUUGUUUUUGUAAUCCAACUGUGGGCUGGGCCAAGUCCCGAGGCAUUCCCCCAGCGUGACACUUCUUCCACUAUGCAUUAUCUUCACGCAUAUGGUGCAUCGGCAUGGG